AUGUCUGCAGUAAUGUCUGCGGUAAUGUAUGCAGUAAUGUCUGUGGUAAUGUAUGCAGUAAUGUCUGUGGUAAUGUAUGCAGUAAUGUCUGCAGUAAUGUAUGCAGUAAUGUCUGCAGUAAUGUCUGUGGUAAUGUAUGCAGUAAUGUAUGCAGUAAUGUCUGUGGUAAUGUAUGCAGUAAUGUCUGCAGUAAUGUAUGCAGUAAUGUCUGCAGUAAUGUAUGCAGUAAUGUCUGUGGUAAUGUAUGCAGUAAUGUCUGCGGUAAUGUAUGCAGUAAUGUCUGCAGUAAUGUAUGCAGUAAUGUCUACGGUAAUGUAUGCAGUAAUGUCUGCGGUUAUGUAUGCAGUAAUGUCUGCAGUAAUGUAUGCAGCUUAA